CCGACCGCCAGCUAGCAUAUUUGAGUCGUGACGAGCCGGUCGCACACAUCCAAAGAAGGUUUUUCAAUUUCCAACCACCAACGAAGUGUCCCAUAUAUCAUGGCUGACCAUACUUGCAAACUGGGUCGUGCCCCCGAGGAGACUCCAUUCGGCGACGAUGAGCCGACACUGGGAUUAACUCCGGAGGAGAAGAAGCUCAUCGGCGGCUCAUGGGAACUGGUCAAGCAGGAUCUGGCAGGCAACGGAGUGGUCGUUCUCCUAACUUUCUUCCGUGAUUACCCGGAUAACUUGCAAUACUUUCCGUUCGCUGACAAGUCCGUUGAUCAAUUGGCACAGGAGCCGGUCCUGAAGUCGCACGCGAUUCGUGUCAUGCGUGAUCUUACCUACUGCAUUGACAAUAUUCAGAAACCGGAAACCGUAAUGCAUGCUCUCAGGCAGAAUGCUCUCAACCAUCGCAAGCGCAACAUCCACAGCAGUUCGUACGAUGAAUUGCGCGAGUCCAUUCUGAAGGCCCUUGGGAACCAACUUGGCGCGGAAAUCUUCACUGACACCGCGCGCGCCACCUGGGACAAGGCUCUGCGUACCAUCUUCGCCGCCAUUGUGGGCAUCAUGAACGACGGCAAGUGCUACUGCCCGAAGUAAACGACACAAUACUCAGCACACCAGCAAGCAGCUCGUAGAUUUAGUCAAACUUAUAUGAAUAUCCAGCUGCCUCUGCUUUACGUUUCUACAUUGUUUUCACUAUGCACCUUAAUUUACACAUUAUAAAAAUAAUAAUAAUAAAAAAACAUAGUAUUUUUGA